GGGCGGGGUCUUGUCCGGAAGAGGAGCCGUGCGCGAGGAGGACGCACUCUCGGACCUGUGUGCGGACUUUUACGGCCAAUCCAUUAGAAAACAGACUGUUUUUAUAUUAAACUGGAUAAAGAGGUCAGUUUCCUCUGAUUGUGAUCAUAAACAGGACAGAGACAGAGUCAGAGUCUGAAGCGGGGGCCGCGGCUGAGGCGCGUCAGCUCCUGUCUGAAUGCCAACGCUGAGGGCCAUGGAGUUAAGUCGGCAACUGUGUGGGAAGAUGAGGAGGUCCAAGCGAUCGCAGGCUUCUUCACCUACCAACACCUCCCCUGGUCUCCACAUCCACCUGUACACGCCCGACACAGAGCCGCUCCACUACAAAGGCACCUGCUGCACGGCCGAGGAGCUGUGUGUCGAGGCCGCUAAGAAGUGCUCGAUCUCUCCCUUAUGCUUCAACCUGUUCUCCCUGUACGACGAGGACAGUCGUCUGUGGUACCCCCCCAACCACCAGUUCAAGAUCUCAGACGACACCAGCCUCAAGCUGCAUUAUCGCAUGAGGUUCUACUUUAAGAACUGGCAUGGAACUACAGAGGGCGAGUCUCCUGUGUGGAGGCACUGCAUCAGUAAACUGAAAGGAGGCCCGACCCAUGAGAAACCCCCCGAGGGAACGCCACUGCUGGACGCCGCCUCGCUGGACUAUCUGUUUGCCCAGGGCCUUCAUGACUUCCACACAGGCUGGAUUCCUCUCAGAGCGUCUAACUCUGACUCAGAGCAACAUGAAAUCGAGAACGAGUGCCUGGGCAUGGCUGUUCUGGCCAUUACUCACCAUUCACUCAGCAAAGAAAUCCCACUCACAACCGUUUCACAAGAAAUGAGUUACAAGUGCUUCAUUCCUGAGUCUCUAAACCGAAACAUAAAACAACGAAAUAUUUUGACCCGUGUCAGGAUCAAUAACGUGUUUAAGAAGUUCUUGAGUGAGUUUAACCAGCGCACGGUCAGAGACAGCCACAUCGCACCCUAUGACCUCAAGAUCAAGUAUCUGGCCACUCUGGAGGGGCUGACCACAGGGUUAGGGACGGAGCUGUUGGAGCCUGUGUCCGUGAGCAUCAAGCACGAGGGCGAGCUGUGCGACGGAGUGUACCACGGAUAUUACAAUCACAACUACAACCAAACGCCAAACCAGACCCUCAAGAUGAGCAGUGACAUCCAGGUGUUAGUCACCGGGACUACUGGGAUCUCCUGGAGGAAGAAGCCGACACCAACCAACACCGUGUCCAAGGAAAAAGGAAAGUCAAAGAAGAACAAACAAGAUGGAGGACAGAAGAACAACAUGAAGAGGCCGGACUCCAGCUGGGAGGUGUUCUGUGACUUCUACGAGAUCACACACACGGUCAUCAAGGACACAACCGUCACCAUCAAGAGACAGGACAACAAGAAAAUGGAGUUGCAGAUGUGUUCUCUGGCAGAGGCCCACUCUUUUGCUGCUCUGGUGGACGGAUACUUCAGGCUCACUGUGGACGCUCAUCACUACCUGUGCAAAGAAGUGGCUCCUUCUUCAGUGGUGCACGACAUCGAGAACGGCUGCCAUGGACCCAUCUGUACGGAGUAUGCAAUCCACAAACUUCGUCAAGAAGGUAACGAGGAGGGCACCUACAUCCUCCGCUGGAGCUGUACUGACUAUGAUUACAUCAUCAUCACGGUCGUGUGUCGUGAGUUUAAGGACGGCGCUCCCGUGUGCCAGUAUAAAAACUUCCAGAUCGAGAAGCUGACCCCUAGUGGCUUCCGUCUGUAUGGCACCAGCACAGAGUGCCCCACACUGAAGGAGCUGCUGGAGCAUCUGGAGGGACAGAGUCUAAGAACAGACAACCUGCACUUUCACCUGAACCACUGUUGCCCCCCGCAGCCCAGAGAGGUUUCAAAUCUGCUGGUGAUCACCAAAGAGCGUGCCCCCCAGUCCCCCUUCCACCUGGAGAGUCAGCUGAGCUUCCACCGCAUCCUCAAAGACGAGAUCGACGAGGUCGACCACUUGGGCCAAGGAACCAAAACCAACAUCUACUCUGGCAUUCUGAAGGUGAAGAGCGAUGAGGACGGAGAGGGAGGGUCCUUCUCAGCUCAGGAGAUGAAGGUGGUGCUGAAGGUGCUGGGCGCUGGACACAGGGACAUCUCCUUGGCGUUCUUUGAAACAGCCAGUAUGAUGAGGCAAGUGUCACACAAACACAUCGUGCUGCUCUACGGCGUCUGUGUACGCAACCAGGACAAUAUUAUGGUGGAGGAGUUUGUGCAGUACGGCCCCUUGGAUCUGUUCAUGAACAACCACUGUCCUCUGAGCACGACUUGGAAGUUUCAAGUGGCAAAACAACUCGCCUCUGCUCUCAGCUACCUGGAGGACAAACGGCUCGUCCAUGGCUUCGUUUGUGCCAAAAACAUCCUGCUGGCCAGAGAGGGACUGGCCAAAGAUGAAGAGGGACCCUUCAUUAAACUGAGUGACCCGGGCAUUCCCAUAACAGUGCUGUCCAGAGAGGAGUGUGUUCACCGUAUCCCCUGGAUUGCUCCUGAGUGUGUGAAGAACCCGUCAUCUCUGAGCGUAGCUGCUGAUAAAUGGGGUUUUGGGACGACGCUGUGGGAGAUCUGCUACGAUGGAGAGGUGCCACUCAAAGACAAAAGGCUCACAGAGAAGGAGCGUUUCUAUGAGACCGAGUGUCAGCUGGCCACACCGGACUACAAGGAGCUCGCCAAACUCAUGACCCACUGCAUGAACUACGACCCCAAGAAAAGGCCGUUCUUCAGGGCCAUAGUGAGGGACCUGGACAUGCUGGAGGAAGAGAACCCCUGCUUCAAACCACUGCCGACAAACAUCGUCGACCCAACGAUAUUUGAAAAGCGAUUCCUGAAAAAGAUCAGAGAACUGGGAGAGGGUCACUAUGGGAAGGUGGAGUUGUGCCGGUACGACCCUCGUGGAGACAAAACUGGGGAACUGGUGGCAGUGAAGUCUCUGAAACCAGAUAACCGCGAGGAGCAGGGCAAUAACCUGUCCACUGAGAUAAACAUCCUGAAGGCUCUGUACCACGACAACAUUGUCAAGUACAAAGGCAUCUGCCUGGACGAGAGUGGUCAAGCCAUCAAACUGAUCAUGGAAUAUUUACCACUGGGGAGUCUGAAGGAACAUCUGCCCAAGUACAGAAACAAGACGAGCCUGGGCACACUGCUCAGCUACGCCACACAGAUAUGCAAGGGAAUGGACUAUCUGGGCUCAAAGAACUACAUCCACAGAGACUUAGCUGCUCGAAACGUUCUGCUGGAGAACGAGCGCACCGUGAAGAUCGGCGACUUUGGCCUCACCAAAAGCAUCAAAGACAACGACGGGUAUUACAUCGUCAAGGACGAGAACGAAAGCCCCGUUUUCUGGUACGCUCCUGAGUGUCUGACCCAUUGUAAGUUCUAUCGCUCCUCAGACGUGUGGUCUUUUGGAGUGACCAUGUACGAGCUGAUCACCUACUGUGACUCCUCCAAGAGCCCCAUGAAUCUGUUCCUCAGUAUGAUCGGCCCGACUCAAGGUCAGAUGACGGUGGUGCGGUUGGUGAACACGCUCAAAGAAGGAAAAAGACUGCCCCGCCCAGAAACCUGCCCAGAGCCGGUUUACGAGCUGAUGCGCCGCUGUUGGGAACAAGCUCCAGAGAAAAGAAUCACAUUCAAAUCUCUGAUCGAGGAGCUGACCGCCAUGCAGCGGCAGAUCCCGGGGCACCACGACCUCAGCCCCUGAGCCCAUGGCCUUGUCUGGUCUGUAGCUGAACUUUGGGACAGGAGUUUGACCUUUGACCCCUGCCUAUCACAGACUGAUGCAGAGAUGGACCUUUGCAUGUUUCCACAGAUUUUCUCCUAAUUUUCUCCUCAUUUAAUUUCAUUAGUCUCUGGUAUCGGCCGAUAGUUUGACUUCCUGUAGCUUAUGUCUGGCCUAAAUGUGAUAUAUCAUGUUUUAUGUCAUAUAUUCUGUAUAUUUAGUUGCUGUGGAAACAUUUGUGCAAAAUGCCACAAAAUAAAAAGCGACGCUGCCUCGAGCGUGAAAGCUUCAGGCAUGAAGAAGAUGACAUCACGGACGAGUGGAGAGACUUUACACACAGGCAGGUGCAUUUACACACAGGCAGGUGCAUUUACACAUUUACACACAGGCAGGUGCAUUUACACAUUUACACACAGGCAGGUGCAUUUACACAUUUACACACAGGCAGGUGCAUUUACACAUUUACACACAGGCAGGUGCAUUUACACAUUUACACACAGGCAGGUGCGUGUCCAGGGCAGACCUCCUGCAGCCCAUCCAGCCAAGUUUAAAAUACUGUCCUGUAUUUACUUAAAGGUGCACUGUGUAACCUUUGUGAUGAGGUUCUGCCAUGUGCUUGUCUCCGUGGUGAUGUUAAUGUCCUAUUGUGGAACAUUCUAGAUGAAGCACUGUUUAUCUUGCAUUAAUUUACUGCUCUAAAAUACCUUGAACAAGUGUUAUUAAAGUGACCUCUCCACAGAUCUGAUCUGUAACUUGGUUUGUGCCAGAGGCACAAACCAAGUUGUGUUUUGUUUCAUUCACAUGUUUGAGUAACACUUUAUUAUCAGUCUGUCUACGUCUCUAAAGCUCAAAAUGCUCUGUUCCACCUUGUGAUGUCAUGAAGUGGUAGUUUUCAAGUUAAGAGCCCCUUUUACCAUUUUCAAAAACACAAUGGAGCAUGUCCUGUAAAUGUGUGAAACGGCUCCAGGUUUGUGAUGAGGAAACAUUAGUAUAGCACAGAUCGGAAAACAGCAUGGGCUUUUUAAUGUGGAACAUUCAAGGUAAAGCAAAAUCAUCUCCAUGAUGACAAGCAGGUGGCGGCAUCUCCAUCAGUAAAGUUACACUGUGGAGCUUUAAAUGCAGGUGUUGCCUUGGUUUGUUAAAUCUACAUUUGUUCAUGAUUUGACUUUCAGAUGUUUUCAGAGCUUUGUAAAAUGAUCCUGUUUGUAAAAGUUUAAUCAUGAACUCUGGUUCUUUUCAAAAAUAAAUAUAUAACAUAAAAACAUUAAGGACAUUUAAACAGGGCUACUACUCCACAAGCCAUCUUGUCACAUUACCAUAGCAACAGAUGUAUUGUAUAUAUCUUUAAAAUGAACCAAUAGUGAAUAUAAAGACAAAACAUGACAGUUUUUAGACUGAAAUGAUCCUGUUUACUGGUUUUAAAGGACAGUACCCGCCUUGGCCGCUCGGGGGCAGCAGAGUCACGUUUCUGCUCAUGUCCGCCUCAUAAAAAGCCUCAGAUGCUGAUCUCACACUGAUGCAAACUGAUCUCCACUUUGGACCCUGAAUGUCACAAAAGAACAAUAUAAUAUUCUGUCUGCUUUGCGUUUGGGUGAAGAAAACGAGCGGCUUUUCAUUUUUGUUCUGUUAAAAAAAUGCAUCUUUUUAUUUGUUUAUUAUUUGUUUAUUGCAUUUUAUUCUCACACACCUGGAUUAUCACAUGUACUCUGCUGUUGUACCUCUGAGCAGGGCAUUUUACAGAGGAAUAUCACAUGUACUCGGGGACUUUAGUCCGAUUAUAAACUCAGAUGUCUAUUACUUUUAUUGUGAAAGUUUAAACAAAAAAAGCCAAGAAACCAUUUUGCUUGAGUCACAUUUUAUUAAGGAAUGUAAAAGACACUUCCUUCUGCUCAAAAUAAGACAAAGGAAAAAAGAAAUCUAUUUUCAAAAGUCUCCAUAAAUUCACCUUGGAAAAAUAAAUAAAAAGACUGUUCAGUGUGUUAU